AAAAAAAAUAAAAAAGUUUCCAAAAUCUCUUACAAUACCAGAAAGCAUUUGCUGUGAAAAGAGGGGCAUGCAGUCGUGAUUUGGAAAAAACUGCAAAAACUGCUUUUGUAAUUUGUAUAGAUGACCCGUUAUUGAUCCAAGAUUAAUUUCAUCGUGUAAUCUCACACUAAGAGACACAAGUCAUGAAGUUGAUUUGUAUAUUGGUUCUCUUUCUUCUUCCUCUCUUAGCCUCUUCCACAGAGAAAAAGGUGUACAUAGUAUACUUUGGAGGGCAUGAAGGAAGCAAAACCUUGCAAGAAAUUGAAGAAAGACACCACUCAUAUCUGGCAUCUGUGAAGGAGACAGAGGAAGAAGCAAGAGAUUCUCUUAUCUAUAGCUACAAGCACAGCAUCAAUGGCUUUGCCGCGGUACUCACACCAUACGAAGCCUCCAAAGUAUCUGAAAUGGAAGAAGUGGCAUCUGUGUUUGAAAGUCUUCCAGGAAAAUACUCGGUGCAAACAACAAGGUCAUGGGAAUUCUUGGGGUUAGAAGCGUUGGCAGAGGGAGAGGAGCAUAAUCGGAAUCAAUUUAGCCGGGGAAGAGACAUGGUGUCGAAAGCCAAGUAUGGCAAGGAUAUCAUUGUUGGUCUCCUAGAUAGCGGUAUAUGGCCAGAAUCAGAAAGCUUUAAUGAUAAGGGAAUGGGACCCAUUCCGAAAUCAUGGAAAGGAAUCUGCCAAACAGGACAUGAUUUUAACUCCUCACACUGUAAUAGGAAAAUCAUUGGAGCUAGAUACUAUGUCAAGGCCUUCGAAUUUUACAAUGGCCCACUAAACACCUCAGAGGAUACUCUGUCGGCACGUGAUUUGGAUGGCCAUGGAACCCACACAGCCUCUACCGCUACCGGUAGGAUGGUCAAGAAUGCCUCCUUUCUCGGCGGAAUUGCACGUGGGACUGCCACCGGCGGAGCUCCAAUGGCACGCUUAGCUGUAUACAAAGUGUGUUGGGCUACGCCUAACAAACCAAAAGUCGAUGGCAACACAUGUCUUGAAGCGGACGUGCUCGCAGGCAUAGACGAUGCGAUUGGGGAUGGUGUCCACGUAAUGAGCAUUUCCCUCGGGUCUGAUUCAGCUAUUCCUUAUGAUGAAGAUGGUAUCGCCGUUGGUGCACUCCAUGCUGCGAAAAAAGAUAUUGUGGUGGUAGCUGCUGCUGGAAAUUCAGGUCCCAAAGCCGGAUCAUUGUCGAAUGUGGCACCGUGGCUUAUCACCGUUGGCGCUAGCAGCAUUGAUCGCGUGUUCCAUGGGCCUCUAACACUAGGAAAUGGAGUACAUCUUGUGGGGCAAACAGUAACUCCAUUCUCACUCGACAAGAUGUAUCCAUUAGUAUACGCAGGACAUGUGGAGAAGUCGGGCAUCUCUAAAAAUGCCACAGGACAAUGCCUCAAUGGCUCACUUUCGCCUAAAAAGGUUAAAGGAAAGGUAGUUCUAUGCUACAGAGGACAAGGAGCUAGAAUAGAAAAAAGUGCAGAAGUGAAAAGGGCUGGGGGUGUAGGUUUUAUUCUGGGAAAUUUGCCGGGUUGGGAUGUACCAAGUGACCCUUUUUAUCUUCCAGGAACUACAUUAAAUGCUUCAGAUGCUUUUAAAGUCUUUAAUUAUAUCAAGUCUGCUAAAAAUCCCAUGGCAACUAUUGGAGCAACGCAGACUGUGUUACACAACCGACCAGCACCAUCCAUGGCUGACUUCACCGGCAGAGGUCCGAGCACGAUUGACCCUUUCAUUCUUAAGCCUGAUAUCACAGCUCCAGGCGUGAAUAUAUUGGCAGCGUGGAGUGAGGGAAUAUCGGUUUCAAAGUUGGCCAGUGAUCCCCGAGUGGUUAAGUAUAAUUUUGAUUCUGGGACUUCAAUGGCUACUCCUCAUGUGGCCGGUACAGCAGCCCUUCUUAGAGCAAUACACCCUGGUUGGAGCAGUUCUGCAAUAAGAUCUGCCCUCAUGACCACAGCCUGGUCGAGAGACAACGUUGGUUCAAGGAUUACAGAUUACAAUGGAGCCACUGCAACCCCAUUUGCAUUUGGGUCCGGCCACUUCAGACCUUCAAAAGCAGCAGAUCCUGGUUUAGUAUACGAAGCUUCAUAUAGAGACUACCUUACCUAUCUUUGCAAUGCUAGACGACUGAACUUCGGUAUAAUUGACCCAAAAUUCAAAUGUCCAAAAGUGUUUCCCCCAUCCUACAAUCUCAACAAUCCGUCUUUAGCACUGCACAAAAUAAAUGGCUCCGUAAAAGUACAGAGGACAGUCACUAAUGUUGGAAAUCCAUCCAGUGUUUAUUUCUUCACUGCCAAACCACCAUUGGGAAUAUCUGUGAAAGCCGCUCCAAGCAUUUUGGUGUUUGAUCGAGUGGGGCAAAAGAAGAGUUUCACCAUGACAGUAACGCCAAGCGACUCUGCUAAAACAUAUUACAAAGGUGAUUAUGCGUUUGGGUGGUAUACUUGGACGGAUAGUUACCAUUACGUUAGAAGUCCAAUGGCAGUAUCUUUAGCAUAAGUUACCUUCUUUCAUUGUUCUUGAUUUUUGUUUU